GUAGCUAUGUUGCCCUGCACUUUUGAUCAGAACGUUCGUGUUCCUAAUGAGCAGCAUGCAGUCCAAUUCAUCAUUAAUUCAGAUCUGUCUUCUUGAUUGAAGUAUUUGGGUAAGGAGUCACGGCGCGUUCAUGUAUUCCCAGUCUCGCUCAACGCCGUCCAAUCGCCUCCAACCAUAGGCGGUCCGAUCCGUCCCUGUUUCACACCGCGUCCCCUCCCCGUGCCUGCCUCCUCCUCCUCCUCUCCUCCCCUCCGCUUGGCUGCCUUAUCAUCGCUUCCUUAUUGCCAAACCUGCAAAGACAGGGCUGUACUGAAUGCAGCGUAAUUUUGACCCAUGUUCCAUUAGCUGAGCGGCCCCGAGGGCACGAGGCUUCCGCGCGGGACUGUAAUGCUACACUGUCCUCCCUCUCCGGCCAGUUCAUCCUCCUCAGCAGCGCAGAGCAAUGGACCUGAAAGCGUAGCGCUCCUCCAGCACAGCAUAUCUGCAGUCACCUGCGACUCCAAUUGGCAAUCAAUAUUGAUAGAGUAUUUGUAAGGAUUACAGCCAUAAGGCAACACGUCGCGGGGGGGAAGGCUGGAAUUAUGAAGCGCUGUCAACAUGUCUAAGGCCACUGUUAAGAAGCUGCACUGGCGCUCAAAAGUGCAGGAGAGCUUCGUCCCGCUGGGCGGAGGCUCGGGAGAGCUUGGCGUGGCCAUUGGAGGUGGUGCAGAUUAUGGAGAGUUCCCAUUCGUUACUGCAGCACCUGGGGGAGGAGCCACUGUUGGAGACAUCAUCCUUGAGAUUGGGGGAACACCUGUCCUGGGACUAACUUUGGGAGACGUAAGAGGGGUUCUCAACUCAUGUCCACAUCCCAUUCGGAUCAAAACCGUCUCUCCAGGCUCGACUCUCUGUAAGGAUCUAAGACUUUACCUGAGCAAGUGCUUUACACCAGGAUCCAUGGACAGCCAACUCCAACAAGUCAUACGGGAGAACCUCUACCUGCGCGCCGUGCCCUGUACAACAAGGCAACCACGGGACGGAGAAAUCUCAGGGGUGGAUUAUAACUUUGUGUCCAUUGAAGAAUUUUUCUCUCUGGAAGAGUCUGGAGCCUUGCUGGAAAGUGGGAAGUUCAAAGGGAACUAUUAUGGCACACCUCGGCCAGUUCACAUCGGUCCUGACAGCCCCCCCAUUACAUACCAGGAACAUCGAAACCUCCUGAGGAACUUCCGUACCCGCAGCAAAUCACUCAGCAACCUGGAAAAAGCAGUGGAGGAAGGUGACAACAGCGAGGAAGACUCUGGUCUGUCAGCGGGGUCCGCAGGGGCCAGCAGUGCGCCUCCUACCACCAUUGUCUCACCUAAUCAGACAUGGGACUUGGGCGGCGUGCGGGACGGAGGGCUUCCCAUUGAGAACGGAGCACGUGGAGGGGCAUUGCCUGAAAACUGGGAGCUGGCGUUCAGUGACACAGGAGAACCCUAUUACAUCAACCAUAACUCAAAGACCACAAGCUGGCUGGACCCAAGGACUCAGGGCAAAGAGAUUGUCAGCAAGACAGAGUUACCUGCAUUCACAGACCAGCCAUCUGAUCUGAAGGGCUAUUCCAUACACACUCGCUUGCUGAAGGGACCCCGUGGGUUUGGCUUCAACAUUGUGGGUGGCAGCAGACCUCGAGAGUUUCUGCAGGUGUACAGUGUCACUCCCGGGGGACCGUCUGCACUCAAAACAGCGGAUAUCCUGGUGUACAUCAACGACUCAUGUGUGCUGGGUUUGUCUCAUAAAGAAGUAGUAGAAAUGCUGAAAUCCGUCCCCAUGGGUCACAGUGUGGAUGUUGUUCUUCGUCGAGGUUACCCCAUGCUCUACAACCCUGAUGGCUGCCCCAAAACCAGUCUCGCCUCCCCUUCUGACACACCCAACACCAACCCUGCAGCCCCUGGUUCUGCUCAAUCCCAGGUCCAGCAUCCUGAUGGACAGCAACCUGCCUUUGUGAACCUCAACCGCUCCAUGUCACUCCACAACAACUUCUACCCCCGCAUGCAGAAAGAGGCCUUGGAUGCCAAUGGGAACACUGCACCCCAGCCUUCCUACUCAAUGGCCAAUGGAAAUGGAGUUGGAGGGAUUAUAGGGCUGGGGGCGGUGCCUUUAUCAAACGGCCCCGCCCCUUCAGAGCGAAUGAGCUCCAGUCAUAGCGAUACAGAGGUCAGCUCUGUUGUCACACGCAGAGCUUCCCUUAUCAGAAGCUACAACAACAACUCUCUUCCAGCCCCUUCUCACACCAAUCACAGUUCCAAGUCUUCCGAGAGUGAUUUCUCUUCUACUGCGCUCCCACUACCCCAGCCUGAGGUGGGUCCUACUGCUCCACCACCAGGAGCACCCAGCAUCCAGCGGCCUCCCAUGCCCCAAACAUCUCUUGCCGUCGCACCCCCAACCGAGCACCCACCCUGUGGUUUCAACGGGUGUCCAGCCAACAACCCCCCGCGGCCUCUCCCGGGUGGCCUAGGGUCCCCAGGAGCCCCAGGUGGGGUAGGCUGUGGGGGAGGGGGUGAGCUGGUACCUGUGGCCUUGGGCAGGAGCGAGGGAGGGGGAAUGGGUUUCAGUGUGACGGCUGGGGGGCAGGGAGGUCAGUUGGCAGUGGUGAAGAGAGUCUGGGACAGGCGACAGUGCCACUCCUUACAGCCAGGGGAUGCCAUUAUUAAAAUCAACGGGGCUGAUGUGCAGAGCCUCAGCUUUGCACAGGUGCAGCGGGUGCUGCAAGAACAUACCAAACAGGGGGAGGUGGUCUUACUGGUUUACAGAGGAGGUCCUCUUUGCUCCCCAGGCUCCCCGAAUGCCUAUAAGAGACCCCCUCCUUCACUGGGCACUCCUGAUCUGACCUCGCCCUCCUCUGAUGGUGCUGUGCCCAGCCAGAGCACCCUCUCUCCCUCCUCGCCCUGUGGUGACCUUCCCAACCUGGUCCAAAGCACCAGCUUCCUGGACUCAGUGCCCGUUACCCUGACCCUAGAGCCUCGGGACUGGUUAGGAGUGGAGGACGGACCUGCUCAGUGGAGCCGAACUGCUGUCUCUAACCCUGGCGCAGUAUCUAAAAGCCAUGUGGACACAAGGGCAGCAAUCUCUUCCAGAGCCAUGGAUGUGGAGUUGAGACGAAGACCAGGAGAAGGAUUCGGGUUUGUCAUUGCAUCCCAGGAUGUAGUGAAUGGAACCUCGUCUCUAGUGUCUCAUAGGUUUGUGACGGUGCGUCGGGGGAGCCCAGCGGCGCGCAGUGGUCAGAUUCAGCCAGGAGAUCAGCUAGAGGCUGUGGAGGGCAGAUCGGUGGUCACGCUGCCUCACAGAGACCUUGCACAGAUCCUACGCAGAGCUGGAAACACACUCAGACUCACCAUCGUACCACGCUCUCACACCAACAAUAAUCUGCCUGAAUACCCUGACUUUGAUGCUGAGAGCCGGUUGAGGAAAGGGCAUCGGGCCAAGCAAAAGGAUUCCCAGUUUUAUAAUGUUGAUCUUGAGAGGGGACCAACAGGAUUUGGUUUUAGUUUGCGAGGUGGAAGUGAGUAUAACAUGGGUCUGUAUGUGCUUGGUCUGAUGGAGGGCGGCCCGGCCUCACGCAGUCAGAAAAUACAGGUGAGUGAUCAGCUGGUGGAGAUUAAUGGAGACAGCACAGUCGGCAUGACACACAGCCAGGCCGUUGAGCAGAUCCGAAAGGGAGGAGCACGGAUACACCUCGUACUGAAGAAAGGCAACGGAUACGUACCGGAUUAUGACCAUGAAGCCGGAGCCGCUUCCCCCUCCUCCGUCUUCUCCGAGGAGCCGCUGGUGGCUGCAGUAGAUCACACUCCUCUGAGGAGCAGCAGAUGGGUGGAUGACAGUGGACGAGAGAGAAGAGAGAGGAGGGGGAAGGGUAGAACGAGUAGAGGAAGUGGAGCAGACGAGGGCAAGCAUGGCUGGGCAGAGGACGUCAGCACAGUUGGUAGCUCCCGGUCCACGAGGAGAAGGAAAGAGCAACAGAUGCGUUCACGGAGUUUACCUGGUACACUGAGAGGCCAAGAAGGGUCACGGAGAGAAGAAGAUGAAGAAGAGGAGAAGGGAGAUGGAAAACAGGGGGAAAGGAAGGGAGAGGGGGAGCGGCAAAGAGGAAGGCAAAAAAGCAAAAGCAUGGGGGAGAGAAGACAAAAAGCAAAAGAUGUUAGGUCACAGAGGGAGAACAGCCUCCCAGUGAAUGGAGAAAAGGAGGGAGGAAGAGAAAAGAGGGAUAAGAACAGAUCCAGCACAACCGAGGUCACACAACGCGCACCUUUCUCCUUCCUCAUGCCUUUGGACAAUGACGAUGAUGGGUCAGGCGCAGAAUCGGCUCACAGCUUCUCUGAAGUCAGUGUGUCUGCAGCCAGCAUCGCAUUUUUGGGGACUCAGUGGCCCCCGGAUCCCUUCAGCCCUUCAGAGGCUUCCGGAUCUUCAACAAAAGCCCCGGGACCCUGGCUUGUCCCUAGCCCUCACAAACUCUCUCAGGUUUUAGAGGGGAAAAGGCUGAGCCAGAAAAAUGAAGGACUGUGGUCCUAAUGCUAUUUCACCUUAAAGGGAUAGUUCACCUAAACACACCUCCUCAUGUCAUUCCAAUACUGUAUGACCUUCCUUCUUCGAGAAGAAUUGUGAAGUUAAGCUGUUUAGCCCAAAGUAUACUUCUUAUGUGAAUGGAAGCAUGCUUGCACAGCCUUUUUAAAGUGUAAUCUAUUUGUAAGCAUAUUGUAGACCAGUGUCUCUCAACCACAUUCCUCGGAGAACCACCAGCUCUGCACAUUUUGCUUGUCUCCUUAACCAAACACACCUAAUUCAGAUCAUCAGCUCAUUAGCUGAUGAAAGUCACGGGCUGUUUCUCAAUAUGUGUUUUUCAGUGAACUUGUGUGCUUGUGUUUUCAUGUAACAUGUUUAUCAACCAUGAAAGUUCAGUUCCAAAACUCAGACUGCAAGAAUGCAGGACGCGAGAAAGUUCCCUGAUGUGUUCUUGGUAUCGAGAAUGCACCAGUGCACCAAUGCUGACUUGAGCACGCGAACUCCCUCUAGAAGUCCCAGAAUUCGUUGUGGAUGAAUAAAGAAGGUGGGAAGUGCAGAAUUUUAUAUAGAUUUCUUCAGUCUCUUAAAUGUUCAGAGAUAAAACUUUUAAGAUUAAAAAAGUAAACGAUACCAUGAAAUGGCAUGGAGACACCCCACCCCCGCUCUUCAUUUUCGUCUAAGACACUAAGCAAAAAUUUCCGUUAAAAAUUUGUGAAGGUCUUGUGACCAUCAAGAAAGAACACAGCAUCUUAUUUCUCACAGGAUGUGUUCUGUGUUUCUACGGUCGUUCUCGUUCUUCCGAGGUGACCUGGCAAGACUGGUCUUCAUAAGAACGCAAGUCUCUCUGCAUUCUAGGAAUUGAGAAACAGCCCAUGUUUCCUUAAGCAGAGUAACAAGGGAGACAUCCAAAACAUGCAGCGUUGGAGGUCCUCCAGGAAGGUAGUUGAGAAACACUGCUGUAGACACUUUACAGGUGCACACUAAAAAAAGUCAUUCUCCUUCAGUGUCUGCUUUUUCUUUCCAAAAGAUGCCUUGCCUUAUAAACAUGGGCGUCUACAGUGGUUUAAUGUUGUAUUUCUUUCCUGAUUGUCAAAGACAUUAAUAUAACUUGUAUAUUACAUUAUAUUCCAAUUCUCAAGAGUCAUAUAAUAGCCAUAUUCAGACCAAUCCCCAAAUUAAUGUUAUCUAAAUCAGUGUUUCUCAACCACGUUCCUGGAGGACCACCAACCCUGCAUGUUUUAGAUGUCUCCUUUGUCUGUCAAAACCAUUACAGAUCUUUCAGUCUCUGCUAAUGGGCUAAUGAUCUGAAUCAGGUGUGUUUGGUUAAGGAGACAUAGAAAAUGUGCAGAGCUGGUGGUCCUCCCGGAACGUGGUGGAGAAACACUGAUCUAAAUGGUAAGCUUUUAACUCAUUUGACUUAUUUAACUCUAUUUGAUUGUGUGAAUCAAAACAAAUAAUUCAUAGGAAAAGCAGUCUACUAAAAAAUGGAUGUAUCUGGUUCAGUGUUGACACCUUGUGGACAAAUGUAGCACAAAAAAACUUUUAAUUAUAGUUUUAUGUUUUAAAUAUCUGCAUCAUUUACAAUGUGCGCAGACCUAACAUACACAUAAAAAUCUAAGUACACUUUGGGUUAUACUGUAUUUUUUACUGUUUUUCAAUGAUUUGCAAAGUAGAAAACCGAAAGUGGCUGUAGACAAUGCACCUUGUUUUUUUGCCUGCAAACUUUUGCUGAUAUUGUGACUGCAGUGAUUUAAGAUUUUAGUCUGUUCUUCACACAAAAAACUAUUAAAUAUCUAAUUAACGUCAAAUAUAUUAACAUAAUAUAGUUCUCAAAUCAUCUUGAUCACUUGUAUUAUACUUAAAUGGUGCUUUUUGCAUCCUUUUUGAAACUUCUACUAAAUAGGUUUUGUUUUAUGUAAGAAAUGAGGUCAUACAGGAUUAAAAUGACAUUAGUGUUUGUAAAUGACUGUUUAUUUUAUUAUAUAUAUUUUUUUGGUAGGUAAGCUAUCCUUUUAAAUUUCUCUCUGUCUUUUACAUACCCACUCAUACAGCCUCUCUUGCUCUGUCUAUAUAUCUGUGGUUUUAAGUACACCACCACCACCAUCCCAUCAGCCCCUCUUCUGUCUCUAAUCCAUGCCUACAGUAUAAAGUUCUGUGAUCUGGUAUCAUCCAGAAAUCUCCCACCCAGACCGAUCAAGACUUGAUUUUAUCGCCAUCCAGUGGCCAAGAAGAGAAAACAUGAAAAUGCUGCCAUAACGUUUAUGGCUAGCAUGAUCAUAACUGCAAGGUCAGUUAGUAUGUGUCUAUAAUUCAUGGUAUCCUUCAUAGCAUGUGUCUUUUCUCAGAUCAUUUUUAUUUUGCACAUUUUCAAUUUAUUUUCAUAAGAAUGCAACAAAAAAAUCUAUUAUAAAAAAGGAAGAUUUAUUUAAGACAUGGAUGCUCAGUUGUGCCCCUGAAGAGUGACAUUUCUGAAAGUAAAGAGAUCUUCAGGAGCCGGACUAAGCAUUUAACCGGACCUUCGAUUUAAGAGAUUUUAUUAGCUGCUUGCUGUUUGUGACUGGACUGAAAACCCUCCCCUGCUGUGUGUGCGGUGGUUUUCCUUUUCAAAGGGGGGUGGGGGGGGGGGGGGGGGGGGGAUAUAACAGAACUAAACUUUUAUUAUAAGGCCAGUGAGCCGUAUCAAACCUCUCCAGGUGCCUUCUGCUUCUUUAGCCAGUGUUUACCAAAAAAAAAAAAGAG